GGUAUAAUAACACAUGGUGACUGCUCUUCAGAGUUAUUUAUCACCCGUAUCAACCCAACUCAAUUCCUCUUGACAACUCCUCUUACAAACAAUCAAAUUGUAUCCGUAAAUCCGCCCCAUUUGCAGCCCCAAAAAAAACCACCUUCCCCUACCAUCCAAGCGUCAUACCGCCAAAAAAUCACGAUUGCUCCGAGCCGCCCGCCCCGCACUCACCGCCGGCGCCAGCAGCUGCCCCUCCUCGGCCUCGCCCUCGCCCUCUUAAUAACCUCCAUCCUCCUCUUCCCACAACAACAACAACAACAACAUCACCACCACCAGGCAAUGGUCUUCAACUUCAUCUCUCGCCUCGCCCGCCCCUUCGCCUCCACAGCUACAAUGUCCGCCGCGCCCUCCUCCUCCGCCGCCGGCGCGGGCCCCACGAUCCCCGAGGACGCCCAAAAGGCCACCAUCGCCGCCGGCUGCUUCUGGGGCGUCGAGCACCUUUACCGCAAGCACUUCCAGGGCAAGGGCCUCGUCGACGCCCGCGUCGGCUACAUCGGCGGCGACCUCGCCAACCCGACCUACCGCGCCGUCUGCGGCGGCGACACCGGCCACGCCGAGGCCCUGCAGAUCGUCUUCCGCCCCAAGGACGUCAGUUACCGCCAGCUCCUCGAGUUCUUCUACCGCAUGCACGACCCCACCACCGCCAACCGCCAGGGCCCCGACACGGGCCCGCAGUACCGCAGCGCCAUCUUCUUCCACGACCCCGAGCAGGAGCGCGUCGCCCACGAGGUCACCCGCCUCGCCAACGAGCAGUGGUACAAGGGCAAGAUCGUCACCGAGAUCAUCCCCGCCGGCCAGUGGUGGGACGCCGAGCAGUACCACCAGCUGUACCUGAACAAGAACCCGAGCGGGUACGAGUGCCCGAGCCAUUUCCUGCGCACCUUCCCGCCCCUCGACGGCUGACUCCCGCCCGGGGGUCGCGGUGGCCACAAUGACGACGACGACGACGACGACGACGACG